AUCGCCAUUAAACCUCGGAAACAACAGGUGUCAGCUGUCAACUCAUUAAGCGAAGAAAUGCGAUUUGGCCUACUUCAGCGUAUUUGGUGGCUAAUGAUUUAAUUAAAUAUAAUAGGAUACUGUUAAUUUCCUUUUACAUUUAGUCAUACAACAGAAACCUAAAAAUGAUGCUUCUUGAUACAGAGACUCUUGAAUCUAUUCUAUUCCGUCAGCUACAACGCGUCACACGUGCGUGACGUAAUCGCGCCGCCCACGUACCAGCGUCCGUCUCCAUUGGCAACCAAUGCAAUUUUGUCUCUCAUCAAGGAUGGAUUCAAAGCAUUCCCUUACAGAGAGGGAAAUAUCAAAGAUAGCGAGACACCAGAGAGAGGCUGGCGUGCAGAGGCUCAGCUGUCACUUCUCAUGGCCCGAGUUCCGUGAUGAACGGCGGUGUUUCCAUCAGGAGUUUGUGUACGAUGUCGCUAUGUUUGCCGCCACCUGUGGCUUCCACUGGUUUAACGUGAUCUGUGCAGCUGUGAUCGCCAAAGACAUCUUCCCACAGCUGGACGCAGGUCUUGAUGUACCCAAACUUUUGUCCUUGCUGAGAGAUGCGAUGUCUGAGUGUUUGUCAAACCUCACCUCUGUCCACCGGUGUGAGUUCACCCAGUUUCUCACAGACACCUGCAUCACCCGGCGGAGGCUUCUCCAGGCGGCGGUGGGUGGCGCAGCUAACGUGACCAUCACUCAGUUACACUUGGAUGUGCAGUUGCCGCCCACACCUUGUCCUCUAGAACAGUGUACUGUACAUGCACUGCAGGGCACAGAUCUGCAUGAGUGGGAGCAUCAGCGCCAACAAGCCGAGCUAACGUCCAGGCUGCGACAGAUGGAGGAGAGGCUGCGGAGUCUCCGAGAAGGGUCAAGGGUUACUCUGGAGGACGUUGAUGUUCCUGAGGAUAAUCAACUAGAUGAAGCGGGUGUUUUGGCAUUGGUUCGUGGAGCAGUGAAGGCCACAGAAGGCCAGAUGCUGGCGAGUCUGAGCCAAGAGGCCUCCCUGCUCAGUGACAUCCUGCAGCUCAAACUGCAGCUGGCAGCAUUGGCCACCAGAAGGCUCCACAACCCUGCUUACUUUCAGACGCAACCAGAAAAGCAAAGCUGCAAACAGCCAAAACAGGACUGAGGGAUUUUGGGAAUUCAGAGUGAGGACAUGGCCUCAGUGAGUAAAGCUAAUUGGAGUAAAACACUAAAAAUCUCAAGUUAUUUAAUGUCACAUUUUUCAACUCCGAAUGAAUGCUUACGUUUUUGUCGUACUUCUUGCCGUUUCUGAUCUAAUUCAUUGUCCAGUAUGGGAUUACUGUUCAAUAAAAUGUAUUAUUAUGAUCUAAUUAUCCAUUUGUGGGCUACUGCACUGGACAUUUAAAAGCAUUCACUAUGUCAAAGUAUUGUCAUCAAAAUGCAAUGACAAUAGACUCAUUGUACUAGACUUGUGCUUGGUUGCAAAGGAAAGAAACUAGUUUCAUU